CACGCACUAACUGGUCUGACAGUCUCGAGACAUGUGGUAACAUUUUCAUUAUUACAUUCCAAAAAUAAUAUCCAUAGCCAACUUUUUCCAUAAAUUCCAUAAAAAGCACUGAGAACUGAGAAGAAACAAAUUGAUUCAGUCUCACUCACUCUUGCUCAAGUGGAGCUCCAUCAAUGGCUUCACUAAACCUCUUCAACUUCGCUCUCCUUCUUCUUAUCUCUCACGCUUCAGCUUCAACGGUAGUAUUCUUCAACAAAUGCAGAUACCCAGUGUGGCCAGGCAUCCAGCCCAGCGCCGGCCAAAACAUACUCGCCGGCGGUGGAUUUAAGCUUCCGGCUAACAAAGCCUACACCCUUCAGCUCCCACCGCUUUGGUCCGGCCGCUUCUGGGGUCGCCACGGCUGCACAUUCGACGGAUCUGGCCGUGGUCGCUGCGCCACCGGAGAUUGCGGCGGUUCUCUCACUUGCAACGGAGCUGGCGGUUCACCUCCGGCCACUCUCGCAGAAAUCACCCUUGGCCAAGAGCUUGACUUCUAUGACGUCAGCCUCGUCGACGGUUAUAACCUCGCGAUGUCGAUAAUGCCGGUGAAAGGUAGAGGUCAAUGUAGCUACGCCGGUUGUGUGAGCGAUCUAAACCGGAUGUGUCCGGUUGGGUUACAAGUCCGGUCACGCAACGGGAAACGGGUGUUAGCCUGUAAAAGCGCUUGCUCUGCCUUCAACUCACCACAGUACUGUUGUACCGGCACGUUCGGUAACCCACUCACCUGCAAGCCAACGUCUUACUCCAGAAUCUUCAAGGUCGCUUGCCCUAAAGCUUAUUCAUACGCUUACGACGACCCAACCAGCAUCGCAACUUGUUCCAAGGCUAACUACAUCGUCACCUUUUGCCCUCACCAUCGCCGUUAAAAUCACAAUUAUUAAGAAGAAAGCAUUUCUUUAUUAGCAAAAUCUUGUGUUAUGUAAUUGAGAAUCUUUGAGGUUUAUGUUUCUACAAUUGUAACACUCUUGAAAUGCAAAAUCCUAUAACAAUAUCAAUAUCAGUAGAUUUUGUUAUUGAUUACACUUAAAAAAAAAUAAGUAUUUUCCAUUUUAUUAAGGUUUUUACUUAAGAACAAACAACUAACAAAUGAUGGGCAUGUGAGUUAUAGGAUCCCCUUGUGAAAAGUAAGCAAGCAAAGUCCAGGGCCGGCUUAGUGUAAUGCAGGAGGUCAUGUUACAGAAACUUACAAUGGGCCUAAUUUUUUUAUUGGGCCCUUUUAAUAACAAUUUUAUAUAUCUUCUACAGCAUAUUAAAUUCGAUUGCAGUCUAAAUACAUACACACCCAGACUUUGAUAAUAAUCAUACUAGCAGGUUUUAAUAGUUUUUACGAACCAACCAAAACAACAAAAAGGGAAACUAUUUGAUCUUUUAUUUAUUUUAUCUUAUUGCCAAUAUAUAAAUAUGCAAGUUCAUACUAAAUGAUACUACUGGACUCCAUAAUGCUCACUCAACCCUAAAUUACGUGUAUCUUUCUCACAUCUCUGGUGACAUAAAGCAACAAGACUAAAACAGAAACCUAACCGUCUGGUUUGAUUAGGAUAAAGGAUUUGAUAUCUGCAAAGGGUUGAAUGUGAAAUACAGCUAAAGUUUUAGAUGUCUAAUUUACAGAGUCUAUUAGUAGUAUGUUUUUUUUUUUUUCCUAAUUAGUUUUAUUAAAAGGCCAAGCCCAGUAAAACAUUCUGAAUUACAAAACAAAAGCCCAAAAACGACGGGCACAAAAGCGGAAAGGAAAUGGGCUAGGCCCAAACUUCUAAAGACCGGAACUACCGCCCCAAACGUCGACACCAUCGAUACCAUCGUGCCCACGUGUCUAAAUCACAAACCCGGAAGACACGCGUCACUCCAUCUCUUCACCUUCACAACCACCGGCGACCUCAACGGCGUUUCACCGGAAUCACCCCUGAACCAUCAUCCUUCAUCGCAUCCGGAACACACCGGAGCCCAUGAGCUACAUCCAUCUUCACCGCAACCGCAUCAGCUCGUGUCUUCUUUAUCAGAGAGAGUCAAUCGCAAGAGCAAGAUCUCAUCCACCACCAUUCGAGCAUACACAGAGCAAAAGCAUCGCGCAGACCAUAAAACAACUUUCAUCGGAGAGCUUCUCUCGUUCUACGACGAGAGCUCAAGCCACCGAAUCCAACUCGACACCGCAAUAAGAAGAACAAAUAUAAUGACACAACCCUAAAACAGAUCUAGAAAAAACAAAACCGAAGAGGCAAGGAGAGGAAAACCUUCACCCCUCGGGGACCAAACCGGAGACCAUUGGAGCUUUAGAAGCCUCCACCUUCCCGGGAUCUUUGCCGGCGACGCGAAGCUGAGAAAGCCUCCACCUUCCCGGAACCUUAGUCGGCGACUACAGAGCUAUAAAAGCCUCCAUAUCCCGGAGCAGAUACUGAACUCGAAAGCUGGCUGUCACGUCGAACCAUCGUCCUACCUCCUCACCGCGAAGCCAGAGGGAGAUGAGUUACCGCCGUUCAAAAACCCCCCACGAGCGGCCUUUCCCGGAGCAAAACCCUAGCCCAGAACCGCUAGUAUAUCGGAGCGAGACCACAGAUCGGAGCACACAGUCAGAGGACUGGACUGAAUAAACCAAACGGGAACCUCCGGCGCCGGCACGCGCUCGGACGCGCCACCGGACGCCGGGGUUUCCUACACACACGCUCUCUCUUCUCUCUUCUCUUGUGGCCAGCAGAUAAAUAUUUUUUAAAAGUGCCUGUCUAUUAGUAGUAUGUUAAAAAGGAAAAAUGACCCCACUGAUUUAAUUAUCAUGCCGCGUAAAAGGAGCGUGUGUACGUGACGCGUUUACCGCGUUGGAUUGAGACACAUUUCCCACUCACGACUCGCGUUAGCAUCUUUUUGAAUCAUCAACGAAGGCUUCCUCGAACUUUUCUUUUAAUGCAGCAUUUACGAAACAAACAAAGGUUUUCUGUCCAAAUACAAAUAAACAAAAACGUAUUUUUAUAUUUUAUGUGUUGAAAUUUUAUAUUUUUAAAGAUUUCAAAAUAACGAAAACGUAUUGACUACAACUUGAUGAAUAAGAGAAAUAGUCUGUUAACGAGUAGUAUUCUAAUGAGAAAUGAAUGAAACCCAAUGAUAGUAACAACUUUAAACAAAUGAAAAUCUCAUGAAGCCACGUGAGGUGACAAGGUCGCGUGUUCCUUAAACCUCGUAACACGUGGAAAGUUUCACUAAAAUAAUACGAAGAUAUUGGUAUUUCACCUAGAAUUAGGAGUAUAAAAGUAUUUAGUUAAAGUUUACGUAAACGUCUCUAAAAAUCACCAAAAUAAAAAAGUACAGUAUGUAAUUGUUUUUCUUUCUUGAAAUAGAAAAACUAUGUAAUUGCUUAUAGCGUUUUUUCUCCUCCGAUUAAUAAAAAUGCAGUUAAAGCUUAUUAUUAACUCAGAGUAAUCUCUUCAAUGUGUAAAUGCGUUUAAUCCAGAAAAUUCGAUAAUAAUACAAUGAAAAGAAAUCAAAACCGUAAAAGAUUCGAUUCAAAAUGUAUAACCAAUGGCAACCAAAAUACGUGGAUAGAGACGAAAGGCAUCUACAGAAGAAGAAAAAAACGGUCUAUAAAAGGUCACACAUCCGCAAAAGCCUCUUUAACAAAUUUUCUCCAAAACCUCUCUCUCUAACAUUUUACCUUUUAACAGAAAAAAAAAUGGCAAGUGGUAACCCUGUAACCGCCAAACCCACGCCUGCACCGGUGGACAUGGCGAAUCCCGAGGAGCUGAAGAAGGUUUUCGACCAGUUCGACUCCAACGGCGACGGCAAGAUCUCGGUGACCGAGCUCGGAGGCGUUUUCAAGGCCAUGGGGACUUCCUACACCGAGACGGAGAUCAACCGCGUCCUGGAGGAGGUCGACACCGAUCGCGACGGCUUCAUCAACGUGGACGAGUUCUCCGCUCUCUGCCGCUCGUCCUCCUCCGCUUCCGAGAUCCGCGACGCCUUCGAUCUGUACGAUCAGGACAAGAACGGGCUCAUCUCCGCGGCCGAGCUCCACCAGGUGCUUAACCGCCUCGGGAUGUCGUGCUCCGUGGAGGACUGCGCUAAGAUGAUCGGGCCUGUGGACGCUGACGGCGACGGGAAUGUAAAUUUCGAGGAGUUUCAGAAGAUGAUGACGUCAUCCUCCCUCGCUAACAGCAACAACGGAUCGUCGGCCUAGGGUUUUCUAGAUUCCGUAUCAGGAUCGUCUCUAAAACUGGGAAGAAUAAUUACUACUAUGCUUCGUUUAGGUGCUUUUUUAAAAAAAAUGUGAUAAAAAAAGUCUAACUUCGAUCCGUCGUUGUUCGGUUGUUCUUGUUCAAACAAAUUUGGUUUUCUAA